UUUGCAGAUCUAUGAUCAGCUAAACGGUGCGCUUUAUAAGCCAUGGCUGUCAAACGUUCUUCAUCAGUCAAUGAUUUAUGGUCUGCAUAUAAGGGUUGCGAUGUGGUUGAUUUGUGGAGCGUUUUUAGUGUUCUUUCUACUUUUGCUAGACACGAUUCGACCGGUAGGAUAUCCACCAGGACCACGCUGGAUUCCAUGGUUGGGAAAUGCUCUGCUGGUGCGUAAAUUGGGCCGGAAACUCGGCGGACAGCAUGGUGUCUUCGAAUAUCUAGCCCGGAAGUACCGGACCCAAGUGAUCGGGCUACGACUCGGUAGAGAACAUGCCGUGGCGGUUCUUGGAUAUGACCUAGCUAAGCAGGCUCUAGUCAGUGAUGACCUGCAGGGCAGGCCGGAUAACUUCUUCCUUCGGUUGAGGACUUCUGGCAAGAGGUUGGGGGUAACGUUCACAGAUGGAGACCACUGGGAAGAACAUCGAAACUUUGUUGUACGAACUUUGAAGGAGAUUGGAUACGGACGACUUCGAAUGGAUGACUUAAUACAGCGUGAGUUGCACGAGCUGAUCCAGAUCAUCGAUGAAACUGAACAUCCAAUUCAACCAAAUCAACUUUUACCAUUGAGUGUUCUCAACGUUCUAUGGACUCUUGCCACUGGUCAGCACAUCGAAAGGGGCGACGAUCAUCUACAAAGGCUAAUGCAAGUUUUAAAGAAGCGUUCCGCGAGCUUCGAUAUGUCCGGUGGGUUGCUGAACCAAAUGCCAUGGUUGCGUUUUGUAGCCCCUGACUGGAGUGGAUACAACUUACUGGUGGACUUCAAUCGGCAGUUGAUAGCAUUCUUUUCUGAAUCUAUUCGCGAGCAUAACGAAACAUACACAGAAGAAAAAUCUGGUGAUGACCUUAUCUAUGCAUACAUCCGAGAAAUUCGGAAACAACGUCACAAUCCGGAGUCUACCUUCACCGAAGAGCAGAUGAUCAUGACCAUUCUGGAUCUGUUCAUAGCUGGAGCCCAAAAUACGAGUAUCAUUGUAGAUCUUCUACUGAUGAUGAUGGUUGUUCGACCGGAUAUCCAAGCCAAAGUCCACGAAGAAAUUGACCAACAUCGCGAGCCCAUCCGUUGGACCGAUCAUUCUCAGCUACCAUACAUAGAAGCAGUUAUCAUGGAGGUUCAACGGUUCUUCCACACCGCAGCCAUCAGUGGACCUCGACGAGCCAUUCGAGAUUGUGAACUUGGUGGCUACCGGAUUCCUAAGGAUACGACCAUAUUUGUGGAUCUAAAAAGCGUCCACAUGGAUCCGGACUACUGGAAUGAUCCGGAAGUGUUUAGACCGGAACGAUUCUUGGGUGAAGAUGGCACAUUAAUCAACACUGAACGACUUUUAUCGUUUAGUUUGGGGAAGCGAAGAUGUUUGGGAGAUGUUUUGGCGAGGGCUUGCAUCUUUACUUAUUUCGGUGGUUUGAUGCAGCAUUUUAAGAUUGAACUGCCUGCUGGUGAGCAGAACGUGCCUUCGUUACAUCUAACACCAGGAAUUACGUAUAUGCCUAAGCCAUACAGAAUAGUUUUUAAAAGAAAGCCAAAAUUGUGUAGUUAAAAAAUUCGAAAAUAAACUCAACUAAAUCUAUUUGCUAAGUGUUGAGGAGUAUGAAUAUUGCUUUUAUUUUUUCUCCUUCUAAGGAUUCAUACCAACUGCACAGAUCAAAUCGAGCGAAACAUUUUCUAAGGACUAAUCAAUAGAUAUCAACAAGCAUUGCUUUUUACUCAGUUUUAAUGAGAACAUUCAGUGGAAUGAGCAGGAUACACUGCCUAUUUACAUUUGUUUGUUAGCCUUAAUGAUAUAUUCAGCUAGAAGUAUAGUUUAAAAUAUUCAUCACUCUUGCUUAUCAUUAACCUCAAAAACAAGCCAGUUAACAUUGUUUAGCUUCUAGAACCGUACU